AUGUAUGUCUCUGGUGUCCGAGCUUCCUUGGUAUGCCGACUUCCGAGCUACGCAGGGCUUGUCAUAAGGAAUAACCUAUAUGAACUAAACACAGAAGGCCAGGAACAAAAGCAGUAUUACACUGCAAGUAAAUGGGUUGGGUUGGGGGAAAUUAUGGCUACCAAGUAUCUCGACAAAACCAGAAUCUCUAAAAAGAUCAACGGUAACGACGCAGGGAAAGGGUUUGGUUCCUCUUCCAGGACGGGCUUUGUGGUGCAGGUGGCCUCUUCCCCUGAGGCCUCUGUAUUUCUUUCCAGCAGAGGUCAGCCCACGAAGCUCCCUGUGCUUGUGGACCGGAUUGCAGAGCCAAUUGAUCCUUGGGUCAUUGCGGAUAGUAGUGUGGGCCGUGUCAACCAGGAUAACUUCAAAGUACUUGUAAGUAGAGUCCUGCAAAGCCCAUAUAAGCCCACAGGCCCACAUAUUUAG